UAAUUUGCGUAGUGCGAUUUGCGACUUGCAACUUUCUACUUUAUUUACGUGUAGUGGUGAUAACUACAACUACUACUUCUUUGAGUAACAGAUAUCCAAUUAAUAUUUCAUGAUUAAGUUUAUGUUCUAAAAUGUUUUAUCAUUAUCAUUAUUUGUAACUAAAGUAGACACAAUGGAAACUACGCCACUUAUAAAUCGACCUAAAAAGAAAUCUUUAUGGUCAAGGAAAAGCUUUGGUUGGUUUAAAGGGAAGGAACUCAAUUCAAGAGUUAUUUAUUUAGGUCAACUUCCUGAUGAAGAAUAUCCAGCAAACUAUGUAUGCAAUCAGAAAUACAGUAUAUUGACAUUCCUGCCAAUAGUUUUGUUUGAGCAGUUUAGGUUUUUCUUAAAUUUGUAUUUCUUGGUUAUGGCCCUUAGUCAAUUUAUACCAAGCACUCGUAUUGGAUAUCUCUAUACAUACUGGGGACCACUUGGGUUUGUUCUUGCAGUGACACUAUUUAGAGAAGCUAUUGAUGAUUACAGAAGAUACAGACGCGACAAAGAAGUGAACAGACAGAGAUAUGAACGUGUCGUGCUAGACACACCCAGUGAUGGCUACAAACCAUUUAUUACUGAACAUGUCUCAGCGUCUGCAUUACGUGUUGGUGAUAUUGUUAUGUUGCACAAGGGACAGAGAGUACCUGCAGAUAUGAUAUUGCUAAGAACUAAUGAAACUAUGGGCACUGUAUUUAUACGAACAGACCAACUGGAUGGGGAGAUUGAUUGGAAACUAAGAAUACCAUUGCCAUCUACGCAAAAAUUACCCACCGACGCGCAUUUACUAGAUAUAAAUGCUAAGAUAUUUGUUGAGAAACCAGAGAAAGACAUACACUCAUUCAUCGGCACCUGUACAAGAUUGGAUGAAGAAGAGACUGACUCUUUGGAUAUCGAGAAUACUUUAUGGAGUGGGUGUGUCGUUGCAUCUGGCCAGGCCACUGGACUUGUCAUAUACACAGGAAGUGAAACCCGCAGCGUGAUGAAUAACGCAGUUCCUCGCUCUAAAGUUGGAAGGCUCGAACUGCGAGUUAAUGAUUUCACUAAAGUCUUAUUUGGGGCGACAUUUCUGACCUCUUUUCUUCUAAUCGCUCUAAAGGGCUUCGAUGGACCAUGGUAUGGGUUCCUGUUUAGAUUUGUGUUGCUGUUUUCUUACAUAAUACCUAUCAGUUUAAGAGUCAACUUGGAAAUGGGUAAAGUUUUCUACUCGUGGACGAUUCAGCGGGAUAAGAAAAUAAGUGGUACAGUAAUGCGGUCUACGACCAUACCUGAAGAGUUAGGUAGAAUACAGUAUCUUCUAGCAGAUAAGACUGGUACAUUGACAAAGAAUGAGAUGGUCUUCCAGAAGUUGCACCUUGGUAAUGCUCUAUUCGACAAGGAUAAUUUUCAUGAGGUGGAAGCACUUUUAACCCAACAUGUGACAAAAGAUUGUCCCGCCAUAGCGUCCACCCCAAUUGGGGAUGGUUCAUUACUUUCUCCCACUCCGAGACAGGUGUGGGAGAGUGUCCUGGCUUUGGCGCUAUGCCAUAACGUAACACCAGUGUAUGAAGUAGAUGACCAGACUGACGAAGCGCAAUCUGAUAUGGGUAGUUCAGUCAUGUCCGAAAGUUGUGGUGGAGCGGUACCUCAGCAGCAGCUCUGUGACUACCAGGCAUCCAGUCCGGAUGAAGUGGCCUUGGUGAAAUGGACCGAUAUGAUGGGAGUAUCCUUGUACCGUCGCGACCUCCACAACAUAUCUCUGAAGCUUCGUGCGGCCAACGAGAUCAUGUCAUUCACCAUACUUCAGGUGUUCCCCUUUACCAGCGAGUCCAAGAUGAUGGGAAUCAUUGUGCAGGAAGAAGUUUCCGGUGAAAUUACAUACUACGUGAAGGGAGCAGAUGUGGCUCUGUCCAAGCUAUUGCUGUCUUCUUGGCUUGCGACGGAAUGUAGUAAACUUGCUGCUGACGGGCUCCGAACCUUGGUCGUCGCAAAACGGACUCUAACUAAGAACGAAUAUUUGGAGUUCGAGAGUGAGUACAAAGAAGCUCGUCUGACCGUAUUGAAUCGUAACGAGCGUACUGCCGCGGCUUUGUCCCGCUUGCAUCGGGGCCUAACUCUUUUGGGAUUAACGGGUGUUGAAGACCGCUUAGCUGAUGACGUUCCAAGGACAUUAGCCAUGUUGAGAACUGCUGGGAUCAAGAUCUGGAUGCUAACAGGUGACAAACUAGAAACAGCACUUUGUAUCGCUCGAUCUCUUCACUUGGGCGGCGGUUCUCGUUGGAUGACGGCUGCCGAGUGUCGCUCGAGAACGGAUGCUCAUCGUCUGCUCACCGCACUGCGAAAUGCUCAUGACACAGAUCUGAUACUAGAAGGAGAGACGUUGGAGGUUUGUCUUCGUUCUUACGAAGAGGAGUUUGUCGAAGUGCUUCGCGAGUGUUCUGGCGUAGUCGUGGCUCGUUGUUCUCCCACGCAGAAGGCGCAGGUUGUCCGUUUGUUAAGGGCCAGGGAACUGAUUGUAGCCGCUGUGGGGGAUGGCGGAAAUGACGUUGCGAUGAUUCAGGAGGCUGAUAUGGGUGUGGGUAUAGAGGGUGCUGAAGGUCGGGCAGCGUCUCUCGCUGGUGACGUCAGCAUCCGUUGCUUUUCAUUCCUGGCCAGAUUACUCUUGGUUCACGGAAGACGAUCGGUCAUGCGUUCUGCGGCACUUUGCCUGUUUAUUGUACACAGGGGACUGAUUGUAUCAACUAUGCAGGCGGUGUUCUCUGUUGUUUUCUAUUUCUCGUCGGUGUCACUAUAUCCUGGGUUUUUAAUGGUCGGCUACGGAACGGUGUUUACGAUGUUACCUGUUUUUUCACUUGUCCUCGACAAAGACAUAUCUAGUGCGACGGCACUACGAUAUCCGCAGCUCUACAAACAGUUGACAAAAGGACGACAGCUCUCUUACAAGACUUUCUAUAUAUGGAUUGGAAUAUCUAUUUAUCAAGGCGGCGUGAUAAUGUAUGGCGCCCUAGUGCUCUUCGAAGACCAGCUCAUCCACAUUGUAGAGAUCAGCUACACGGCCUUGAUCCUCACGGAGCUGAUUAUGGUGGCACUGACUGUCACUACUUGGCACCACCUCAUGAUGGUAGCGGAACUGGUCAGCCUCCUCAUGUAUACUGCCACUCUGCUUAUAUUUACAACCUACUUCGAUGGUGACUUCAUUCGACAUUGGGAAUUCUGGUGGAAAGUGACAACGAUCACCUUGGUUUCGUGUCUGCCACUCUACAUCGUCAAAUAUAUGCACAGGAAGUGGCGUAUGCGUCAGUACAAAAAUAUACACAAAUAAUUAAUUAUACAAGGCAAUACAACAAAUGAGUGUAAUUCCAGACGUCACAUCCAAUAAAGUUUGCGAAAUUUAGCGGUCAGUCUGUCGCUGAAAUGCCAUAUGUCAAGUUUGAUGACGGUUGACAGAUUUGAUGUAAUUUAGGGUGUUUCUAUAAAUUUCUUAUGGCUUUAGCAAUUAUCAAUUUAUUUACGAAAGUAAAUUGUCAAAACUACAAAUUAAGUGUUUAUGCGUAAUGUGACGUAAUUUUUUUGAAGUAAGUUUUUUUUAAUAUUGAGUUAGCGCAAUUGUGUUUUGCUAUAAAAUAUACCUUUUUGGUCGAGAAAAUAUUUGUCCUUUUGGAGUAGAUAAACUAAUAGUUCAUGGUGUAUUGUCUAUGCCAGUGGAUUUAUAAUCUAAAUAUAUUUAAAACUCAUUUGAACAGGUUUAAUUAAAACAAAAUAGCUGUAUUACUGCUGUUAAAUUACAUACAUUACUUAGGAAAUUACCAAACCAAAUUAAAUAAAUUAUUACGCCCUUAAGUUUAACUAAAGAACUCUUCUUCCGUCUUCUGUCACCGCAGCUUAAACAUUAUUUGACAGAUGACAAUGGUCAAGAGUCUUAGUGCUUUAUGAUUAUGGGUAACAGUUAAAUAUUGUAGAUUCUUUUGCACAAACACGUGUAUUUUUUAUAGCACAGCAAUUAUUUAAUCACAAUCGCUAGCGGAUAUAACUCUCGUAAUUAACGGGCUUAUUAAAAACUUAUUAUUCAUGUAUUAGAUAUAUUGUAUUGAUUGGUUGGAUCACUAUAUUAAUGAUUGGUUCUGAUAGAGCCUACAUUAUGAAAUAGUUUAAUUUAUAUAAGAGAUUUUGGGUUUUCCUUUAGACAUAUGGACGUAAUGCGGUUUCUUUAACCCAAUAACGCUCACAAACUAUGCUUUAAUCACCUCCUAUAUGAGUAAUUCUAGUAUUAUAUUAUUUGUUUUUAAGAUACGUUUUAUAGUUAAACAUAUUCCGUGUGUAUUUUAUAUUAAUUAUUCUGGCAUCUUCUCAAGCUCACCUCUAGGAUUAUCGAGUUGGAAAAAUUAAGAGAUUUGAGAUUAAUAGUUUAUUACUUCAGUUUUGUAAUAUAUUAUUUUUCUGUAGAACACUGAAUUUCGUUUACGACAUAAAAAAUCUAGACUCCUCGAUCUUUGCUAUCUAUGGCUUAGCUAAUUUUGUAUUAUUUUAUUAGUAUUAUCAUUGAAUGGUAAUUUUUAUUAUUCCAUGUUUCUAUUCCAUUAAAAUAAGGUAAAAUCCUCCUAUAUUAUAUUUGCUUAAACUAUUUAAAUUUUUAUAUCUUUUAAUUUUUAUUGUUUUUUUUAAUCAUAUAUUUUAUAAAAUGUUACCAUGUCAAGUUAGAAGUUAUGAAGAUUUGGUAGCCCAGUUUACUAUGUGUUCAAAAUAGAAUUGUUUCGUCCAAGCCGUAAAUAAGUAUGAUUUACGAGGAAAUAAAUUAAAAAUUACUGUGAUUAAUAAUAUUAGAAAUGAAGAUAAGCUAGGAAAAUAAAGAUGGCUAUGGUCCAUUGACUUUUUAGAUUGUGGUACAGCAGAGGGUUUCAGUGAAUUUAUAUAUGUAUUCAUAAUUAGUAGCGAGGCAAAGGUACCUCUAUUGUAUGUUAAAAUUGUAUAUUAUGCGGUACAAAAAAGUAUGUGAUACAUUAGUUUAUUUAAAAUUAAAAAGUAUUUAUCGCACGCUGUUAGGUGAGAUUGUGUAUAACUUUAAGGCGAGUUUUGUAAAAAUAAAUCAUGAAAGCAA